UCACAUGAAUGUGCAUCAGUUUAUAUUUACGCUCAAUUGACAAUUUUAGCCGUAAUUUGUGUUUCUGUUGUUGCAUGUGCAAUUAAUAAGUAUUUUCAGUCGAGCUGUUAAUAUUAACAGAAAGAAAUAUUUCCAAGAACAGCUAAAUUCAAGUGCGGCAUUUGCAUUGAGUGAAUAAUUUGUGGUCAGGCGUUCAAUUACGAAGUUAGAUAGUUCAAUUACGGACGAGGAAAGCGACCGACAGCAGUUCUUUGUACACAAAAAUGCCGACGGAAAUCUUUUCGGAUGCGGAAAAUCAAUUGAUUGACGAGUGUUUUGCAUUUGCCAAGGCAUUGGUCAAAGAUGCCGGUGAAUUGGUGAAAGAGGGUUAUUCAAAGUCAAACGAUGACAUGGGCAUCGUUGAAAAGGAAGCCAAAUGGGAUAUGGUCACUGACUAUGACAAAAAAACUGAAGCAUUUUUAAUUGGUGCUAUCAGCGCUAGGUAUCCGGAUCAUAAGUUUAUUGCCGAAGAAUCGGAAGCAACGAACAGUGCCUUAACGGAUAAUCCCACUUGGAUCAUCGAUCCGAUUGAUGGUACCAACAAUUUCAUUCGGCAUAUUCCGUUUGUCGCCAUUUCCGUGGCAUUUGUAUGGAAAAGGGAGAUAUGCCUUGGCAUCGUCUACAACCCAAUUCUGAACGAUUUUUAUUCGGCUCGUCUGGGAACUGGCGCCUAUUUGAAUGGCAAGCAAAUCCAUUGCAACAAAUUGGAAAAACUCGAAGACGCCACACUCGGGCACGAAGUCUCUUUUCUUCGUGUGCAAAAGCAUCGUGAACGAAACGCAAAGCAAGUGCUUGCAUUUGCAUCGGCAGCUCAAGGAUUUCGGUCGUUUGGCUCGUGCUGUAUCUCGCUAACAUUCGUGGCAAGAGGCACUUUGGACGGUUAUCAAAUCAGUGAAUUGUACGCUUGGGAUAUUGCAGCAGCAGUUUUACUAAUACGCGAAGCAGGAGGCUACUGCUGCAAACCGGACGGUUCACCCAUCGAUUUGAUGGAUCCAAAAAUCAUUUGUGGCGCAACCAAAGAAUUGUGUGAUGCAUUGGUUAAAUUGAAUAAAGAAGCGCUUGGCUUGUGACUUUGAUGAAAAA